GGUAUAAAAGCUGGUAGUCGCAAUCGGAAAGGUAUCAUUCGCAGUUUUCAGUUCGUUCUAGAAGCAGUUCUAAGUAAAACCAUCUCCCUCAAAAAUGGCCUUCAAACUCGUUGUGUGCCUGGCGUUCCUCGGAGUUGCCGCCGCUGGUCUUGUCCCGCUGCACGGAGAAUACAAGGGAGACUACUACUCCCACCCCCAGUACUCGUUCAACUACGGAGUCCAUGACGGUCUGACCGGUGAUGUGAAAUCCCAGGUCGAGAGCCGUGAUGGAGAUGUUGUCAAGGGACAGUACUCGCUGGUCGAACCCGACGGUUCGGUGCGCACCGUUGACUACACCGCCGAUGACGUGAAUGGAUUCAACGCCGUCGUCACCAAGUCCGGCCCAUCGGUCCACGCUGCCCCAGCCGUCGUCAAGACCGUUGCCCCAGCUGUCGUUGCCCAUGCUGCUCCCGCUGUCUAUGCCGCUCCAGCCUACGCCCAUGCCGCCCCAGCUGUCGUUAAGACCGUUGCUGCCCCAGCUGUGUACGCCUCGCACGCCGCCCCAGCUGUCUACUCGCACGCCGCUCCGGCCGUGUACGCCGCCCAUGCCCCAGCUGUCUACUCGCAUGCUGCCCCCGCUGUGUACGCCGCCCCUGCCCUGAAGACCGUCGUUGCUGCCCCGGCCUACGCCCAUGCCGCCCCAGCUGUGUACGCUUCGCACGCCUAUGCCCCGUCCCAUGCCAGCGUUGAGUACCACGGCAAGUACGCCGGUGCCCCAGCUUACUACCACUUUAACUCAUAUCCCUCAAAAAUGGCCUUCAAACUCGUUGUGUGUCUGGCGUUCCUCGGAGUUGCCGCCGCCGGUCUUGUCCCACUGCACGGUGAAUACAAGGGAGACUACUACUCCCACCCUCAGUACUCGUUCAACUACGGAGUCCAUGACGGUCUGACCGGUGAUGUGAAAUCCCAGGUCGAGAGCCGCGAUGGAGACGUUGUCAAGGGACAGUACUCGCUGGUCGAGCCCGACGGUUCGGUGCGCACCGUUGACUACACCGCCGAUGACGUGAACGGAUUCAACGCCGUCGUCACCAAGUCCGGCCCUUCGGUCCACGCUGCCCCAGCCGUUGUCAAGACCGUUGCCCCAGCUGUCGUUGCCCAUGCUGCCCCCGCCGUGUACGCCGCCCCAGCUGUCGUUAAGACCGUUGCUGCCCCAGCUGUGUACGCCUCGCACGCCGCCCCAGCUGUCUACUCGCACGCCGCCCCGGCCGUGUACGCCGCCCAUGCCCCAGCUGUCUACUCGCACGCUGCCCCCGCUGUGUACGCCGCCCCUGCCCUGAAGACCGUCGUUGCUGCCCCAGCCUACGCCCAUGCUGCCCCAGCUGUGUACGCUUCGCACGCCUAUGCCCCGUCCCAUGCCAGCGUUGAGUACCACGGCAAGUACGCCGGUGCCCCAGCUUACUACCACUAAACGGAUGUCCCCAGCCCCAACGGAACGCCACCGUCUCGGAAGCCGCUCCUGCGUGCCAUCUAUCGGUGACGGAGUGAAAUGCGCACUGCCAAUCGUUAUUUAUUUCAAUCGUCCCCUCUCCCCUAGUCUAUCACUCCACUCUAUCGUAUUCCUCCAACAGUCACACGAUAGACAGCAAACUCAGAAGUAGCAAUUUCCGGUGAUUCUGGAUCGGGAGUACCGACAAAACGACGACGCAUCUUCCAUCGAACAAUGAAUUUGUAAAUAGCGACUGCCACAGAAGAACAAACGUGAUCAAAUUUUAUAUAUUUAGAAACGCAACUAUGCAAGAUUUCCCCCACCACAAACUCUCUGUCUCAAGUGCAGAGAAGUGGACAACUGGAGAACCUACAAAUUCUUUGUAGAGUGUGCUAGCAAAGUGCGACUGCUAAACGUGCAAAUACUCAAAUGUACACAGUUGACAACAAAAAAACGAGAAGAAGACCAUUUUUGUACAGAGAUGAAACGUACCGAUGAUGAUAUUAAUUUUAAUACAAAGUCAAUGAAAAAAAAAA